AAAGUAGGCCAGUAUUGCCAGAGAACAGGAGAGGAGGAGAGUAUGGUAUAAGCGUGUCCAGAAAUAAGGAGAACUUGAAGCAGAAUGGCUGCAAGAUGUGGGUUUAUCAACUCUGAUCUCAGGUGAUGAAGAGGAAGAUGGCAAAGCCUUGCUCUCUACAUUGACUCGAACCCAAGCAGCUGCUGUGGAAAAGAGAUACAAUACCUAUACCCAAACCAUGAGGAAAAAGAAUAAGCAAUCUAUCAGGGAUGUCAGAGACAUUUUUGGAGUCAGUGAAUCUUCUCCUCGUGAUACCUGUGGCAACCACACUAAUCAGCUGGAUGGCACCAAGGAAGAAAGAGAGCUUCCAAGAGUUAUCAAGACAAGUGGUUCCAUGCCAGAUGAUGCUUCUCUCAACAGUACUACCCUGUCUGACGCAUCCCAGGAUAAAGAAGGGAGUUUUGCAGUUCCCAGGAGUGACUCUGUGGCUAUACUUGAGACCAUUCCAGUUCUACCAGUUCAUUCCAAUGGAUCACUGGAGCCUGGACAGCCAGUUCAGAAUGCGAUCAGUGAUGAUGAUUAUCUGGAAAAGAACAUUCCACCAGAGGCUGAAGAGCUGUCAUUUGAAGUGUCUUAUUCAGAAGUGGUUACAGAGGCUCUAAAAAGAAAUAAACUUAAGAAAUCAGAGAUUAAGAAAGAAGACUAUGUUUUAACUAAAUUUAUUGUUCAGAAAACCAGAUUUGGCUUAACUGAAGCAGGAGAUCUGUCUGCUGAAGACAUGAAGAAAAUCCGCCAUCUCUCUCUGAUUGAAUUGACUGCCUUUUUUGAUGCCUUUGGAAUUCAACUGAAAAGAAACAAAACAGAGAAAGUAAAAGGACGAGACAAUGGGAUUUUUGGAGUUCCACUUACAGUCCUCCUGGACAGUGAUCGAAAGAAAGACCCUGGAGUGAAAGUUCCCCUGGUAUUACAAAAAUUUUUUGAGAAAGUUGAGGAAUCAGGUCUGGAAUCGGAAGGAAUUUUUCGACUUUCAGGAUGUACUGCUAAAGUCAAGCAAUACCGUGAAGAACUUGAUGCCAAGUUUAAUGCUGAUAAAUUUAAAUGGGACAAAAUGUGCCAUAGAGAAGCUGCAGUAAUGUUGAAAGCAUUUUUCAGAGAACUGCCCACCUCUCUCUUCCCUGUGGAAUAUAUACCUGCCUUCAUCAGUCUAAUGGAAAGAGGGCCUCACGUCAAAGUACAGUUUCAAGCCUUACACCUCAUGGUCAUGGCGCUGCCUGAUGCCAACAGAGAUACAGCUCAGGCCCUCAUGACGUUCUUCAAUAAAGUGAUCGCCAAUGAAUCAAAAAACCGAAUGAGUCUGUGGAACAUUUCUACAGUGAUGGCACCAAACCUUUUCUUCAGUAGAAGCAAACACUCUGAUUAUGAAGAAUUACUGUUAGCAAACACUGCAGCCCACAUCAUCCGCCUAAUGCUUAAGUACCAGAAGAUUUUGUGGAAGGUUCCAUCUUUCUUAAUCACUCAAGUAAGAAGAAUGAAUGAAGCCACGAUGCUGUUGAAGAAGCAGCUCCCAAGUGUCAGGAAGCUGCUCAGGAGGAAGACCCUCGAGCGGGAGACUGCAAGCCCCAAGACUUCAAAGGUACUGCAAAAAUCACCCUCGGCAAAAAGAAUGUCUGAUGUGCCGGAAGGAGUCAUACGGGUCCAUGCUCCACUUCUCUCCAAGGUGUCCAUGGCCAUUCAACUCAACAAUCAAACCAAAGCCAAAGACAUAUUGGCAAAAUUUCAAUAUGAAAACAGUCAUGGUUCAUCAGAAUGUAUUAAGAUUCAGAACCAAAGAUUAUAUGAAAUUGGAGGAAAUAUAGGAGAGCAUUGCUUGGAUCCAGAUGCUUAUAUAUUGGAUGUAUAUCGUAUAAAUCCUCAAGCAGAAUGGGUGAUUAAACCUCAACCAAGUUCUUAAAAUAUCCUCGAGAUAGCUGCUAUCAUGUAUUAUAUGCCAAAAAGAUCCUACAUUUUGGUAGGGAAAAAACAACACUGUGUUUGACGUGUUUGUUCCUACAGCCUUCUCAGUAUUUCUGGCCCUCCACAGUGGGCAUUGUCAGCAUGAACUGUGGAAGAGGCGCUGGUUCACCAAUUCAACUGAAGCUUUCUCAUGACAUUUUUUUAAUAAAAGUAAAGGAAAGAUGAUGUGGUCCUUCCAGAAGAAAGACCAAUCUAGAAUAUGGAACUCUAAUCACUUCUAGUAUUUCAACUUCCUAGCAGAAAUGAACUCGGCCCUAGACCUAGGGAUAAGCAAUGUUCUUUAUGUAGCCAAUGCUAUGAAGCAAAAGAGGUGAAAGAGACCCUUUUUUAUAUUUAAUGUACAUAUAUUGACUUUUUGAGCAAGAAUGCCAGAAAUAGCCUUCAUUUCUACCCUGCAAAAUAAUCCAGAUCUGCUUUCUAAAGAGAAUCAGUUUCUAAAGUGAAACAUACAAUAUUUAUGCUCUGACUGACUCCUGAAUUGGAGGAGGAAGAACUUCUGUUUAAAGAAAACUGUAUUGUUAUGUAUGUCAGGCUGUGUAUUGUGACUAUCAGCAUUCUGGUGCAAAUGAACUUUUCUCUAUCAUCGACUGUGGAAAAUUGAUACUUUUAAAGCAUAUUCUUCUGUGAGCACAGGUCCUGCUAGUGAAGCUUGGUUUGACAAAGGGUGUCAUGCUUUCCUAACCUUGUUUGUAGUUAACAUUCACAGAGCCUCCAUUUUCUCAUUACGGUUAUGAUGCUCAGUAUCUUUCCAAGUGCCAGGCACGGGCUUCCUUUUCUGAUCAAACAUACCGUUGUUUAUAUUUCACAACUAUAGACAGUCACUUCUGCAGUCCCAAUUUAAAAAUGCAGAACUGCUUUAUCCAAGAAUGCUGAAAAAUACCGUUCUAUCCAGGUUUUACAAACUAUAAAAGCAGAUUUUGCUUUUGUUUGUUAAUCAUAGGCAUGGCCAAGCAUUGUGGAUUAGCCUGAGGCUUAAAAUCAGAUGCAUGUCUGGUAAGAUGACCACUGUCUCACUAUCAAGAGCCUGCAGAGCCAUUUUCCAGACCUGUGAUUGCCCAGAACACAUAGUCCCCACGUUUCUAAUUUGGAGCAAAUCUAAAAGGUGCUGAGGGAUUGGACAGCUCUGCCUUUUCUCUCGAGGCUGUGGAUAUAGUCCUUCUCGGAUUAACUAGAAAUGGGGACAGAGUUCUCAUUUAUCCCAGACGUAUACAUUGGCUUUUUUGGAAUCUGCAGAUUGAGAUUUUGAUGAAUUUAUAUUGGUUUUAAUGAGACCCAAAUGACUCUCUCUCAACAAUUCAAGCAGUAGACAAAUUUGCUCACAAAUACAGAAAACAUCUUUUUGUCUACUUCGCAAGUCUCAAAACGUGGUAAUAUUUAAGCCCAUUUGUAGAAGAAAUCUUUUAUAUACUAUAUUACACCUCGAUAUCUAUACAAAACAUCACUUAUAUUAAAACAUGUAGAUAACUUUCUGGCAUUUAGGAUUUUGUUAUAUUUUUAUAGAAAACACAAGAUCCAUUCAUUUGAUUGUUAAUUUGAGAAUUUUUUUUUGCCUGAAAACCCGUUAAAAGGAAACGUGCCUUCU